AUGGCGUCACUGCACCAACUUCUUAUUCUCUCUCUAACGCUCUUGCAAGUUACAGCUAACACUGACUGCCAACUUCUCGGUGGUAUAUACGGGUACCCUGUUUCUCAGAUGUGUAGCGGAGACACCGCCACAGGCAGGAGUGUACUCAUUGACAUGUAUAAGACAAACAACGGCAACACGUGCGGAUGCACGGCUGUAGUGAACUAUCUAGCAGAUAAUGUAUUUCUUUCAAUUGCGAAUUUCGAAAACCUUGAACCUGCUCCAUUUUGUGGCUCUUCUGUUUCGGUGGAAGUCGCUUCCGGUGGAAGUUUUUUGGGACGUUGCAAUGCGGUAGGCGAAAAGAUGGCGGUAUCAAACGGUGACGUCAUCACAGUUACUCUGAAUAGACCGGCAGGGAAUGAUACGUCAUCGACAAUUUCUGUCACGUGUCCAAGUGCAGCUACAACCACAACUCCAAAACCAACUACAACCACAACAACAACUCCAAAACCAACUACAACCACAACUCCAAAACCAACUAUAACAACAACCACAACUCCAACACCAACUCCAAAACCAAUUACAACAACUACGACUCUAAAACCAACUACAACCACAACCACAACUCCAAAACCAACUCCAAAACCAACUACAACAACAACCACAACUCCAAAACCAACUCCAAAACCAACUAUAACAACCACAACUCCAAAACCAACUCCAAAACCAACCACAACAACAACUUCAACUCCAAAACCAACCACAACUCCAAAACCAACCACAACAACUACAACUCCAAACUCAAUCCCAACAGCAACUCCAAAACCAACAACUGCGAAAGCAACACUGCGUACACUUCAGCCUUUGCCUACCACAGCCUCACCAACACCUGUUCCUACCACCACCACCACUACUACUACCACCACCACCACCAGCAGCAGCACCACAACCACCUCCACUAUACGUCCCGCCUCAACCACUUCAACACAGUCACCAACAAUCCCAUCAUCGUCAACUUCCAGGUCAGGGGCGGCGUUUAAUGAUGGUGAUGAUGGUGAUGAUGAUUUUGAGCAAAACCAACACAACUUAAAAAUUAUCAUUCCGACAGUGACUGGGAUUUUCCUGUUGUUCGUUCUACUGAUUGUGUGCUUGUCUUGCUGUAACAGAAGUAAGAAACCGAAAGAAGAACCUCUUUCCCGAAGGAAUAAUGAUUAUUACGUCGGCGGCUUUCACGGAGCAAAACACCCAGCUCAAGCAGGGACUGGCCACGAUCACGGGAACAAUAACGUCGGAAUGAAAGAGAAUGUAUUAUACGACAAUUCGGAGUCCGUUCCCACUGGACCGAAUUCCAUCCUUGUUAAAAGUGACCCGGAAAGAAUCACAAGUUUUGCUUCAGCGGAGAGACUCUACUCGGAGGGCCUUUCGCCUCCUGACAGAGGAAACCGUGUAGAAAAGGACACAACCGCCAUCUUGGAGGAUCCGGAAGUUCUCGACACGGACGAGAGCAAAGUAGAAAAUACUACAGACGAGGAUACAACAGUGGUUAUCGAACAUGACCCCCUUACAGGCACCGAGAACACGUCAUACUAUAGUGACAGCUCAUUUGAUAGCCCUCGCAAUUCCCAAAGUACAGCGGAUCAAGAUGAAACUACACCCACUGACCAACAAUUACCACUCUACGCAGUUGUGGACAAAACGUCUCCGGCCCGGCACGUAACACAUCUGAAAAUAUAA